UUCUUUAUUGUGUUGUCUCUGCUUUCACUUGUAUGCAGACUACUACCUCACCACCGCAGCACCACAUCGUCCGCAACAAUGUAAAGCGAGUCAUUGGUUUCUAAGUGUUUCAAUUAUUGGAAUCAAACUUGCUGGAUUAAGUCGGUGAACAUAGCAACCUGCGGCCUGCCACCUUCAUCCUUCAGUCCUUCACCGUCAACCUGCCGCAGCCACUGAUCGGCCCACCGACAACUUGCUGCAGCCACCAUUUACAGUUUUUUCAUACAUAGGGUUAGCUGAGAAGGACAAAGUUACAUUUUGAGCCAGUGAUUCAUCAGUUGUGAGAAUUUUUUAUUACAGUUUGAUGAUUCAACUUUUGUUGUCUAACAGAUCAUCACCAUGUCAGGCUAGAUUUUGGCUAAGUGUUUGGCGCUGCUGCUUGUCUAUAUCAACAAGUUCAAAUCACUUGCAGGCUUCAUUUAAUGGCUCUGAGCAUAACGUUAAAAAGGUGGACAUUGAGCAUCUAUUCAGAUUUUGCUUCAAUGCAUGCAAUCUUAAGAGAGUCCACGCUCUUCUUGUGGUUUCUGGAACAACCCAAAGUAUCUAUGUUAGCACUAGGCUCAUUAAUCUUUAUGCUUAUCAUGGAGAAUUGGCUUUUGCUCGAAGAACUUUUGAUCAAAUCACAUCAAAAGAUGCUUAUACUUGGAAUUCGAUGAUAGCUGCAUAUGUGCGCACUGGCCAUUCUUGCAAAGCUUUGAAAUGCUUCAAUGUGUUUAUGUCAUCUGCUGAGGUUCCACCAGAUAAUUACACAUUCCCUUCUAUCCUGAAGGGUUGUCAAAACCUAAUGGAUGGAAAGAAAAUCCACUGUAUGGUUCUCAAAGUUGGUUUCAUGUGGGAUGUUUUUGUGGCUGCUUCCUUGAUUUAUGUGUAUUCCAGGUUUGGUUUUGUGGUUGAUGCACAAAAUGUUUUUGAUACUAUGCCAUUCCGGGAUUCGGCUUCUUGGAAUGCUUUGAUUUCUGGAUUUUGUUUGAAUGGCAAUCUGGAAACAGCACUAGACUUCGUCUAUCAAAUGAGAAUCAAUGGAAUUAAGUUAGAUCCUGUGACUCUUGCUAGUAUUCUUCCUGUUUGUGCUUUUGUUGGUGAUUUCCCAAGUGGUAUGAUGUUUCAUUUAUAUGCCAUUAAGCAUGGUCUGGAGCAUGAAGUAUUCGUUUCAAAUGCUUUGAUUAAUAUGUAUGCAAAAUUUGGUUAUCUGCAGCAUGCUCAGGAGGUUUUUGAUAUGAUGCUAGUUAAAGACAUAGUUUCAUGGAACUCUAUCAUUUCUGCGUGUGAGCAGAAUGAAAAUGCUAUUUCUGCUAUUAGAUUUUUCAGAGAGAUGCUGUGUCAUGGACUACAGCCAGAUACAUUAACACUAGUAAGUCUUGCUGCUAGUAUUGCUCAACUUGGGGAUUGCCAGAAUAGCAGAUUGAUUCAUGGGUUUAUCAUAAGGAGAGCUUAUCUUAUGGGCAAUAUUAUAAUGGGAAAUGCAAUUCUUGACAUGUACGCUAAACUAGGGAUCUUAGAUUAUGCACAUAAGGUCUUCCGUGGAAUGCCUAGAAAAGAUAUUAUUUCGUGGAAUACUUUGAUCACAGGCUACUCUCAGAAUGGCCUUGCUAGUGAAACUAUUGAAGCAUUUUCCGAGCUGGAAGCCUGCACAGAUUUAACUCCAAAUCAAGGCACCUGGGUUAGUGUGCUGCCAGCUUAUUCUCAUCUUGGGGCUUUGCAACAAGGCAUGAAAAUUCAUGCUCGUGUCUUUAAAACGUCACUCCACUUGGACACAUAUGUGGGUACCUGUCUUAUUGACAUGUAUGGGAAAUGCGGUAGAUUGGAUGUUGCAUUAUACUUAUUUUAUGAGUUGCGGAGAAUGAGUUCUGUGUCCUGGAAUGCUAUUAUAUCCUGCCAUGCGAUACAUGGGCAUGGUGAAUUUUGCAUUAAGCUCUUUGAAGAAAUGCUUCAGGAAGGUGUGGAUCCAGACCACGUAACUUUCCUGUCGUUACUGUCUGCCUGCAGCCAUUCAGGACUUGUCGACAAAGGUCAAUGGUACUUCUAUAUAAUGCAGGAUAAGUUUGGAAUCAAGCCUAGUUUAAAACACUAUGGUUGCAUGGUAGAUUUGCUUGGCAGAGCUGGGUUGUUGGAGAAGGCGUGUAAUUUCAUCAAGGAUAUGACUCUGCGGCCAGAUUCUUCUGUUUGGGGAGCGCUUCUUGCUGCUUGCCGGACACAUGGAAAUGUAGAAUUGGCUAAAUAUGCUUCAGAUCAGUUGCUUUCUGUUGAUUCAGCAAAUGUAGGAUACUAUGUUUUGAUGUCGAAUAUCUAUGCAAAUGUGAGGAAAUGGGAAGGGGUCAAUGAGAUGAGAUCAUUGGCUUUGAACAGAGGAUUAAAAAAGACUCCAGGUUGGAGUUCUGUUGAGGCGUCUAACAAGCUUGAUGUUUUCUACACUGGUGACAAGUCUCAUCCGGAUUACGACCAAAUUUACCGUGAGUUGUGCACUCUGACGGGUGAAGCAAAGAGGCUUGGGUAUGCUCCCGAUUUCAGUUUUGUUUUACAGGAUGUAGAGGACGAUGAGAAGGAGCAUAUUCUCUCGUGUCACAGUGAAAGAUUGGCGAUUGCAUAUGCGAUGAUUAGCACCCCAUCUGAAAGUGUGAUAAGGGUUUUUAAAAAUCUGAGGGUUUGUGGAGAUUGCCACUGUUGGACCAAGUUUGUUUCAGAGAUUACCGAGAGGGAAAUUAUUGUAAGAGAUUCUAAUCGUUUCCAUCAUUUCAAGGAUGGAGCUUGUUCGUGUCUGGAUUAUUGGUGAAGGUAAUGGAGAUCGUUUACCCAUCCAAUCACUUCAUGAAUGGAGAUCAUUUGUGUCGGGAUUAUUGGUAAGGUGAUGGAACAAAUACUUGGCUAUGUAAUAUUUGAAAUCGAACCCAUUGAUUUAAGUGUGGGCGGCAAAAAUAGAAAAUGACUAAUAAAAUAUUAUAUAAACGAGGUGUGCUUCUAAAGUUAAAGUGUAAGUUUAAUUGAACGACCAUUAAAUCCACGCUACUA